AUGUCAAGAGACAACAAGCGAAACGGACGACCAGGUAAGAAGACUGGUGCGUGCCACAAGUGUGGGAAACAAGGACAUUUGAUCGCGGAGUGCCCCUCGCGGAUCCAAGAAGACGCGGAACGACAUCGAUUCCAGCGUGCGAACGUGGCGCAAUAUGAAGAUCUUGGCGAAUAUUUGUUCUCGGUUGGUGGUGAAGUCGCCAAGUCGAGUAACGUGUGGCUGGUCGACUCGGACGAUGGUGUCGCUCAAGCUAAUGGAAAAGGCGACAUCGUGAUGUCAAUGAAGACGCCACGCGGUACCAAGAAAGGUGUGCUCACAGACGUGUGGCAUAUCCCGAUGUUAUCGCGUAAUCUGUUCUCCGUGGGUAGAUUUACCAAGGACGUCGGGUCAGUCACCUUAGUGACCAACGGAUGCUUCGCGGAGACGAAAGGUGUCAAGUGGAAGCUCGGUGCUGGCGAAGGCGAAUGGCUUUUCAAACUCUGCCUGACGCCAGAAGCGUCUAACGAGAAAGCUUAUCGUUUCGAAGAGAUCAAGAGUGGUCGUGUGCUGGUCAGCCGCGACGCACAGUUUAUGGAAGACGUCUUCGACGAAGAAGAAGAAAACGUGCGGGAUAAAGACAUGAUCUUCGUGGCACUUUACGUCGACGAUUUGGUUAUCGCGAGCAACAACGACGAGCUGCUCAAGUCAACAAAGAAGGCGCUGGGUGAUCGUUUUGACAUGACGGAUCUGGGAAAUCUCAAGUAUUUUCUCGGUAUGGAAGUUGAUCAUGAUUUCACGGUCGGCACAAUCUCGAUUCGUCAGUCCAAAUUCGCGAAGAAUAUCCUCGAGAAAUUUGGCAUGGAACACAGCAAUCCAGUUAAGACUUCAAAAGAAACCGGGCUAAAUCUGACAAGGUCCAUGUGCGAAGGAGGAUGCAAGCACAAAGACAUGAUGGCAAAUGUUCCAUAUCGCAAUGCUGUUGGAUGCCUGAUGUACCUCAUGGAAGGGACUCGCCUGGAUCUCGCAGCUGCAGUGGGAGUGAUCAGCCAGUUCGUAGCGGACCCUUGUCCGACACAUUGGCAAGCACUUAAGCGCGUGUUCAGGUACGUCCAAGGCACACAAACCCAUGGGAUUGAAUUAUAA